AUGACAGGCGCCGCUCCCAUUGACAUCACCACUCGGCAGUCGGCCUCGGUCUCACCACCAGGGCAACAGGCCUCGAAUCUCACUUCGGCACUCCAGAGAGCUGGUACCGGUGAGCGCACGGGUAGUAUAUCGCACCACCCUAGCGGUGGACUCGCGAUGUUCAAGGCUCCGCCGCCUCGCAAGGACUCGAUCGGUGCCCUUAAUCCACAAUGGGGAAACGGGACGAAGCCGAUCUCCAUGUCGGGGUCCGCCCGCGACAAAGGCCGGCGGGAAUCCCUCGCAGGAAGCUUGGUGGGCGGUAUGAGUUGGGGUGGUGUAUCUGUAGGAAGCUGGAUUCGUGAUGAUAUUAUCAUGACCGGCACUUCUCCGUUUACCUUCCAGUCGCCUUCUUUCCACUCUUCUUCAUAUCUGCCGAAGCUGGAGGCCAAUUUCAUGCGGGACUUUUCCUGCUGCGGUGUGACGUUACCGACGCUUCAUGACCUAUUACAACACUACGAGGAAGCCCAUGCGACCAAGUCGCCCAACCAAGGACAUCGCCCGAGUCAAGAUGGGCCAACCCCCUCCGCAUUACAGCACGUGGAUCUGGAUACGAUGGAUGACAUGGAGUUGGACGACCCUAUGGGCGAUGCGGAUGCUGCAACUUCCCAGCUGUUUUCCUCCCAGUUACGCGAAGGUGGCCAAGGCGGUUUUGGCAACUCCAACCAAGGCCCGCAAUUAAAUCUGGGCAUGCUUCCUAGUCAUCAGGGCUUCAACACCCCUUCUCAGCCCGGUACCCCGAUCGGUUCUACACGUCCACUUUCCCUGUCAAACAAUCCUACCGUCUCCUCCGUCAAUACCCCGACUCUGAUGGCCAAUCCACUCCAAAACUCUCAGUUCCGCAAUACCCCCGAUUCGUCCGGGCCCGGCACGCCGGCUGAGAUCGAUGAGAGCGUGGUAGGCGGAUUUGGCGAUCUCACUAUGCAGCAAAAUGUGAUGGGCCAGAAUCAGGUUCCAUAUGGACGCUACCCCGGUAAUAAUGAUAUGGUUGAUCUUUGCAUCGACGAGCCGGCCAAGCGGCUGUUUAGUCCAAGUGGUGGAAUGGGCACUCCUAAUGCUCACUUCAAGCUCAGCGGAGCUCAAUAUGGCCCUAACAGCGAUAUUGCUCGGCGGAUUCGGGAACAACAGCUUCUGGCCGGUGUUCCUGACACCACUUCUAUCCUUCCUAAUGAAGAGCCCAAGCCCUUCCGCUGUCCUGUUAUUGGCUGUGAGAAGGCAUAUAAGAACCAGAAUGGUCUCAAAUAUCACAAGGCUCAUGGUCACAAUAACCAACAGCUCCACGAUAACGCUGACGGAACUUUCUCGAUUGUCAAUCCGGAGACUUCAACUCCUUACCCCGGCACCCUGGGCAUGGAGAAGGAGAAGCCGUAUCGCUGUGAAGUGUGUGGCAAGCGCUAUAAGAACCUGAACGGUCUCAAAUAUCACAAAUCGCACUCGCCCCCAUGCAACCCGGAUUUCCAACUUGCAGCAGGCCGCAAUCUGAAUCUCGGCGGUGGCGUCAUGCAGGGACAGAACAUUAACGUUGCAGGAGCUGGCCUCCCCGGAAUCGGCGAGGAGGGACUUCUGUAA